AGUGCAUGAAUUUAUAAUAACAGGUGUAUUAUGACAAAGAAAAAUAUUAAAUUGUCAAAUGUUAGAAAUGAUUUCUCUUGAUAGUUAUAUUUAUUCAUUAAAUAAUAAUUAUCUAAAACGUGAUGUUGAGAUUUAAAAAAAAAAAGAUUGUUACAUAUCCUUGAUAAUCAGCUUUGUCAUUAUAGAAUGAUGACAUCACACUACUGCAUGUGGCAUAAAGUAAUUGAAGUUGCGCUUAGUUCCUUAUUAGUCACCAUAGGAAGAACACGAAUCAUCUCGUUGGGAUAUUUUUUAAUUCAAACAGUGUUAAUAAAAUUUUUUAAAUAAACAAAAUAAAAUUCAUUUACAAAUAUUAAUAUUGAAAAAUUAGAUUCUUUAACAAAUUACUAAUAAUAAUAAUAAUAAUAAUAAUUAAUUAAAAAUAAAAAAAAUUGGUGAAAAAAAGUAGUUGAUGUUUAAUAAUUUCAAUAACUAAUGUUACUCUGAAAUUGAAAACAAAAAUUUGGAAUCAUGAGUUCAAUAAAGAUGAUCACAGUGGAAGAGGAAUUUAAGAAAAAUCCCGAAUUAAAGGAAUCGGAUCUUCAGGCAUUGAGAGAAUGGUGUAAAAAGCAACCUCACUUACCAAAAGUAUCUGAUAUUGAUUUAAUAUUAUUUCUACAUAGUAAUUAUUAUUCCAUUGAACCAACAAAAAAAACAAUUGACAAUUUUUAUACAAUGAGAACACAUAUGCCUGAAAUUUUUACAAACAGAGACUUAGAAAAUUGUCCAACUCUUCAAAAGCAACUCGACCUAGCGGUAUAUAUGCCAUUAAAAGGAUUGUCAAAAAAUGGGUACAAUAUAAUUUAUUCAAGAAUCAUUGACUUUGAUCCAUCACAUUUUGUGCACAGUGAAUCUGUAAAAGGAUUCAAUAUGGUAAUGGAUUUAUGGUUUCGUACAGAGGGCACUGUUAAAGGUCACGCAAUGCUAAUGGAUAUGCAUGGAACACAAUUGGGACAUGUCAGUCGAAUGAAUCCUUCUAUUGCAAAAAAGGCCAUGUUUUAUCUUCAAGAUGGACUUCCAGUUCGACUCAAAGAAAUGCAUGUUAUGAAUGUUUCGCCAAUUUUUGAUCUCAUGAUGGCAAUUUGUAAGCCAUUUAUGAAAAAGGAACUUUUAGACAUGUUACAUCUUCACUCAACAAAGGAAAGUUUAGAGAAAUUUAUUCCAUUGGAAAUAUUGCCAAAUGAAGCUGGUGGAAAAGCGGGACCACUGUCAAAAUUUUAUGACGAUCGAAAGAAACUGUUAACGGAAUUUCACGAUUGGUUUGUUGAAGAUGAAAAAAAUGGACGUGUCAAUGAAAAGCUUCGUCCCGGCAAGUCAAAAAAUGCUAAUGAAAUUUUUGGCGUUGAUGGAAAUUUCAAAAAACUUGAUUUUGACUAAAAAAAAAAAACAAAAAUUGUACAAAUUUAACAAUAAAUUUUUUUAUUAAUAAUA